GGGAGAUUCUGCGUCUCUUGCUCAGCGUUUCACCUCCGCAGUCCUGCCUGGGCUUUUUGUGCAGUUCGACGCCUACUCCCUGACUGGGCUUCAUGAGAAAAAGCUGAUGACCAGUUGAAGGCACUGAAAAGUCAAAGAUGACGUCAGUCGCUGCCGAAUACGACCACAUGGAGAUCCAACAACAGUACAGCAGCGACGUUAACAAUCGCUGGGAUGCUGACGAAUGGGACAACGAAAACAGCUCUGCUCGACUGUUUGAGCGGUCCCGCAUUAAAGCUCUCGCAGAUGAGCGAGAGGCGGUGCAGAAGAAGACCUUCACAAAAUGGGUGAACUCCCACCUUUCCCGAGUGUCAUGCCGUAUCACAGACCUCUACAUGGACCUCAGAGAUGGGCGCAUGCUCAUUAAACUACUGGAGGUGCUGUCCGGAGAGAGGCUGCCAAAGCCCACCAAAGGUCGUAUGAGGAUCCACUGUCUGGAGAAUGUAGACAAAGCCCUGCAGUUCCUCAAGGAGCAAAGAGUUCACCUGGAGAACAUGGGCUCCCAUGACAUUGUCGAUGGAAACCACAGGCUCACGUUGGGUCUCAUCUGGACCAUCAUUCUACGUUUCCAGAUCCAGGACAUCAGUGUUGAGACAGAGGACAGUAAAGAGAAGAAGUCUGCCAAGGAUGCUCUGCUUCUGUGGUGUCAGAUGAAGACUGCAGGGUAUGCCAGUGUGAACAUUCACAAUUUCACCACCAGCUGGAGAGAUGGCAUGGCUUUCAAUGCUCUUAUUCACAAACACAGACCUGACCUGAUUGACUUUGACAAACUGCAGAAGUCCAAUGCUCACUAUAACCUGCAGAACGCCUUCAAUCUGGCAGAGCAGCACCUGGGUCUCACCAAACUGCUCGACCCAGAAGAUAUCAGCGUGGACCAUCCUGAUGAAAAGUCCAUUAUAACCUACGUUGUAACAUACUAUCACUACUUCUCCAAGAUGAAAGCCCUGAAGGUGGAGGGCAAGCGUGUUGGGAAGGUGCUUGACAACGUCAUAGAAACUGAUAAGAUGAUUGAGAGAUACGAGUCUUUGGCCUCAGACCUUUUGGAAUGGAUUGAACAGACCAUCAUUAUUCUCAACAAUCGCAAAUUUGCCAACUCUCUGGUGGGUGUUCAACAGCAGCUUCAAGCCUUCAACACCUACCGCACAGUGGAGAAGCCCCCCAAGUUUACAGAAAAAGGUAAUCUGGAAGUGCUUCUCUUCACCAUUCAGAGCAGGAUGCGAGCCAACAAUCAGAAAGUGUACAUGCCUCGUGAAGGCAAACUCAUAUCCGACAUAAACAAGGCAUGGGAAAGGCUAGAGAAGGCAGAGCAUGAGAGGGAGCUGGCUCUGAGGACAGAGCUUAUUCGGCAGGAGAAACUGGAGCAGCUUGCACGGAGAUUCGACCGUAAGGCGGCCAUGAGAGAGACGUGGCUGAGUGAAAACCAGCGCCUUGUUGCACAGGAUAACUUUGGCUUUGACCUGCAAGCUGUGGAAGCAGCCACAAAGAAGCAUGAGGCCAUCGAAACUGAUAUUGCUGCAUAUGAAGAACGUGUACAGGCAGUGAUUGCUGUGGCGAAAGAGCUGGAAGCAGAGAACUACCAUGACAUCAAACGCAUCACCGCUCGUAAGGACAACGUGCUACGUCUGUGGGACUACCUCCUGGAGCUGUUGAGAGCUCGCAGACAGAGGCUAGAGCUGAACCUAGGCCUUCAGAGGAUCUUCCAAGAGAUGCUCUACAUCAUGGACUGGAUGGAUGAGAUGAAGAUGCUGCUGCUGUCUCAGGACUAUGGGAAGCACCUGCUGGGGGUGGAAGAUCUGCUUCAGAAGCAUGCACUGGUUGAGGCUGACAUUGCUAUCCAGGCCGAUCGUGUUAAAACUGUCAAUGCCAACGCGCAGACAUUUGCUGUUGACACUGAAGGCUAUAAGCCAUGUGACCCACAAGUAAUUCGGGACCGUGUGGCCCAUAUGGAAUUCUGCUACCAGGAGUUGAAUCAGCUUGCAGCUGAACGACGUGCUCGGUUAGAAGAGUCCCGCCGUCUGUGGAAGUUCUUCUGGGAGAUGGCAGAGGAGGAAGGUUGGAUCCGGGAGAAAGAGCAGAUCCUGUCCUCAGACGACUGUGGCAAGGACCUCACCGCCGUGUUGCGACUGCUGACCAAACACAAGGCCUUUGAAGACGAGAUGAGCGGCCGUGCGGGGCACCUGCAACAAACCCUACGUCAGGGCGAGGAGCUGGUGGCCGCCAACCAUUUUGGCUCAGACAAGAUCAGCGAGCGCAUCAAAGAUAUUCAGGAGCAGUGGGCCAACCUUGAGCGUCUGUCGGCCGUACGCAAAGCCAAGCUGCAGGAGGCCUGCAACAUGCACCAGUUCCAGGCCGACGCAGACGACAUGGACGCUUGGAUGCUUGACGUUCUCCGAAUUGUCUCCAGCGCCGAUGUUGGCCACGAUGAGUUCUCCACACAGACACUUGUGAAGAAACAUAAGGACGUGGCAGAGGAGAUCGCCAGCUACCGGCCAGUCCUAGAUGCACUGCACGAACAGUCUAGCACGCUGCCCACCGAAUGUGCCCAGUCUGCGGAGGUGAAAGGCCGCUUGGCAGGCAUUGAGGAGCGGUAUAAGGAAGUGACGGAGCUGACCAGGCUUAGGAAACAAGCCCUUCAGGAUGCGUUGGCCUUGUACAAGAUGCUAAGUGAGGCAGAUGCAUGUGAACUCUGGAUUGAUGAGAAGGAACAGUGGCUGAACAACAUGCAAAUCCCUGAGAAACUGGAAGACCUGGAGGUCAUUCAGCACAGAUUUGAGAGUCUGGAGCCUGAGAUGAAUAGCCAGGCAUCACGUGUUGCUGUGGUGAACCAGAUUGCUAGGCAGCUGAUCCACAGUGGUCACCCCAGUGAGAAAGAAAUCAAAGCCCAACAGGACAAACUCAACACAAGGUGGAGUCAGUUCCGUGACUUGGUGGAUCAGAAGAAAGACUCCCUUAACUCUGCUCUGGGUGUGCAAAACUACCAUUUAGAGUGUAAUGAGACCAAGUCCUGGAUCCGUGAGAAGACCAAGGUGAUCGAGUCCACUCAAGAUCUUGGCAACGAUCUGGCAGGUGUAAUGGCCUUACAGCGUAAGCUGACUGGAAUGGAACGUGACUUGGCUGCCAUUGAAGACAAGUUGGGUGACCUUGGCAAAGAGGCUGAAAGGCUGGCAGAAGAGCACCCAGAGCAGGCCCCAGGCAUCAAGGGGCGCUUAGGAGAGAUCACAGAUGUUUGGGAAGAGUUGAAAGGGACCCUGCGUGUUCGUGAGGAAUCUCUGGGAGAGGCCAGCAAACUGCAGCAGUUCCUGAGGGAGCUUGAUGACUUCCAGGCCUGGCUCUCACGCACCCAAACUGCCGUCGCCUCUGAGGACAUGCCCAACACACUUGCUGAAGCUGAAAAACUGUUGGCCCAGCACGAAGGCAUCAAGAACGAGAUUCGUAACUACGAGGAGGACUACCAGAAGAUGCGAGACAUGGGAGAGAUGGUGACGCAAGGUCAGACAGACGCCCAGUACAUGUUCCUUAGACAAAGGCUGCAGGCACUGGACACAGGCUGGAAUGAGCUACAGAAGAUGUGGGAGAACCGGCAGAACCUUCUCUCACAGUCACAUGCCUACCAGCUGUUCCUCAGGGACACCAAACAGGCAGAGGCCUUCCUCAACAAUCAGGAGUAUGUGCUGGCACACACAGAGAUGCCUACUACUCUUGAAGGAGCAGAAGAAGCCAUUAAGAGGCAGGAGGACUUCAUGACCACCAUGGAUGCUAAUGAAGAGAAGAUCAAUGGUGUAGUUGAGACAGGCCGUAGGCUGGUCAGCGAUGGGAACGCCAAUGCUGACCGCAUCCAGGAAAAAGUGGAUUCCAUCGAUGAGAGGCAUAAGAAGAAUCGCAGGUCAGCGAGUGAUCUGUUGAAUAAGCUGAAGGACAACAGAGACCUGCAAAGGUUCUUACAGGACUGUCAGGAGCUGUCCCUGUGGAUCAAUGAGAAAAUGCUCACUGCCCAAGACAUGUCUUACGACGAAGCGCGUAACCUGCACAGCAAAUGGCUCAAACAUCAGGCCUUCAUGGCUGAACUGCAGUCCAACAAAGAGUGGCUGGACAAGAUUGAGAAGGACGGGAAGCAGCUGGUGGCAGAGAAGCCUGAGACAGAGGCAGUGGUAAAGGAGAAGCUGGACAACCUGAAGAAGAUGUGGGAUGAUCUGGAGUCGACCACCCAGACCAAGGCUCAGUGUCUGUUUGAUGCCAACAAAGCAGAACUUUUCACUCAGAGCUGCGCUGACCUGGACAAGUGGCUUGUGGCACUGGAGGGUCAGAUUCAAUCAGACGAUUACGGCAAAGACCUGACCAGCGUCAACAUCCUGCUGAAGAAACAGCAGAUGCUGGAGAGCCAGGUGGAGGUUCGGCAGAAGGAGGUGGAUGAGCUGCGGUCUCAGGCACAGGCGCUCAGUCAGGAGGGAAAAGACUCAGACGAGGUGGACGGCAGACGCUGUGGGGUGGAGAAGAAAUUCCAGGAACUGCUGGAGCCACUGAGGAAGAGGAGGAGCAAUCUCAUGGCCUCCCGGGAAAUCCACCAGUUCAAUCGCGACGUAGAGGAUGAAAUUCUCUGGGUGGAAGAGAGAAUGCCACUUGCCACAUCCACAGACCAUGGAAACAACCUACAGACAGUUCAACUACUCAUCAAGAAAAAUCAAACUCUCCAGAAAGAAAUUCAGGGUCACCAACCACGCUAUGAUGACAUCUUUGAGCGGAGCCGAAUUGUCUUGAAAGAUGACAGUCCCAACACGGGGCAGAUUCGACAGCGACUGGCCGACCUGCAGCGUCUGUGGGCUUUGAUCAUCGAAGAGGCGGAGAAACGUCACGGCAGACUGGAGGAGGCCCAUAAGGCCCAGCAGUACUACUUUGAUGCAGCAGAGGCUGAGGCCUGGAUGAGUGAACAGGAGCUGUAUAUGAUGUCUGAGGAGAAGGCCAAGGAUGAACAAAGCUCAGUGGCCAUGCUGAAGAAGCAUCAAAUUAUGGAGCAGGCAGUGGAGGACUAUGCUGAGACUGUCCAUCAACUCUCCCAGACCAGCAGGGGCCUGGUGGCAGCAGGACAUCCAGAAAGUGAGAGAAUUAGCAUGAAGCAGUCCCAAGUGGACAAGCUGUACGCAGGACUGAAGGACUUGUCAGAGGAGAGGAGGGGAAAAUUGGACGAGAGAUCCCGUCUCUUCCAGCUGAACCGGGAGGUGGAUGACCUGGAGCAGUGGAUCGCGGAGAGGGAGGUGGUAGCUGGAUCUCACGAGCUGGGCCAGGACUAUGAACAUGUCACUAUGCUACAAGAGCGUUUCCGUGAGUUUGCCCGCGACACUGGAAAUAUUGGACAAGAACGUGUGGAUGCUGUCAACCAGAUGGCAGAUGAUCUGAUCAACUCUGGCCACGCCGAUGCGGCGACCAUUGCCGAGUGGAAAGACGGAUUGAAUGAGGCAUGGGCGGACCUACUGGAGUUGAUUGACACCCGUACUCAAAUCCUGGCCGCCUCCUACGAGCUACACAAGUUCUACCACGAUGCCAAGGAGAUACUGAACCGCAUCCUGGACAAACAUAAGAAGCUUCCAGAAGAGCUAGGCCGAGAUCAGAAUACAGUGGAGGCCUUGCAGAGGAUGCACACCACCUUUGAGCAUGACAUCCAGGCUCUGGGCACACAGGUGAAGACGCUGCAAGAGGACGCCACCCGUCUUCAGUCAGCCUAUGCCGGUGAUAAAGCAGAUGACAUCCAGAAACGAGAGAAUGAGGUUUUGGAGGCUUGGAAGAACCUGCUGGAGGCCUGUGACGGUCGCAGGGUGCGUCUGCUGGACACCAGUGACAAGUUCCGUUUCUUCAGCAUGGUGCGAGAUCUCAUGCUGUGGAUGGAAGACGUCAUCCGCCUCAUUGACGCUCAGGAGAAACCGAGGGACGUGUCAUCAGUGGAGCUCCUGAUGAACAAUCAUCAAGGCAUCAAGGCCGAGAUCGACGCUCGAAACGACAGCUUCACAGCCAGUAUUGAGCUUGGGAAGUCUCUUCUGGCACGGAAACAUUAUGCAUCUGAGGAGAUAAAAGAGAAGUUACUACAGCUGACAGACAAGAGGAAAGAGAUGAUUGACAAAUGGGAGGACAGAUGGGAGUGGCUACGUCUCGUGUUGGAGGUGCAUCAGUUCUCCCGGGAUGCAGGAGUGGCGGAGGCUUGGCUGUUAGGACAGGAACCUUAUCUGUCUGGCCGAGACAUGGGCGAAAACGUAGAUGAGGUGGAGAAGCUCAUUAAGAGGCAUGAGGCCUUUGAAAAAUCUGCUGCCACCUGGGAGGAGAGAUUUGCAGCUCUAGAGAGACUUACUACGAUGGAGUUACUCGAAGUGAGAAGACAGCAAGAGGAAGAAGAGAAGAGGAGGCAGCCUCCACCUGUCGAGGCUCCAUCCUCUGAUACAGUGUCUUUGCAGCAGAGCAGAGAGCGUGAGCAGGUGUCUCAGAAUGGCAUUACAUCAGAACAGGAUUCUCCCAGGGAGGCCACAGGAGGAAGUGAUGUUGUUAAUGGAGUGCCAGAAUCCAGCCCUGGCUCCUCCCCUACAGGAAGUCGUAAAGUAAAGGCAAGCCAGGCUGCCACUCUUCCGGCCAAGGCUCAGGAAACGCCCUCUGCCCAGAUGGAGGGGUUUUUGCACCGCAAACACGAAUGGGAAGGACACAACAAAAAGGCGUCCAGCAGGUCCUGGCACAAUGUGUAUUGUGUCAUAAACAAUCUAGAGAUGGGCUUUUACAAAGAUGCUAAGAGUGCCAGUCAAGGCAUCCCAUACCAUGGAGAGAUACCCAUCAGCCUGAAGGACGCUGUGUGUGAGGUGGCUGUUGACUACAAGAAGAAGAAGCAUGUAUUCAAACUCAGAAUUUCAGAUGGGAAUGAGUAUCUCUUCCAAGCCAAAGAUGAUGAGGAGAUGAACUCAUGGAUCCAGGCAAUCUCAAGCGCCACGCCCACUGAAGUAACCCCCAGCAGCCAUAGCACUCCGGCAUCAAGUCGAGCCCACACCCUGCCCGCUGCCGUCGGCCCGGCAACCGAGGCAAGCCCAGGCAAACGGGAGAAGGACAAAGAGAAACGCUUCAGCCUUUUUAGCAAAAAGAAGUAGACCUUCCUCUGGCACUCAUUUUGUCUCUCUCAUCCUCUUCCUGAAGCGAGACUCCAGCAUGCAAGCUCAGAGCCAAAAUUCCACACUCUGUGCCUAACAUUCCUCUGGAUGGCUU